AUGGCGCCCCUCGACGAAGUCCAGGUCGGAGACCUGGUAAACGUCCCCGGUGGGAUGCAUGGGACGGUGAAAUACUUGGGAACGGUCGCAGGCAAGCCAGGGCGCUUUGCAGGCAUCGAACUCAGCUCCGAGCAUGCGCCUCGAGGGAAGAAUAACGGUGACGUGGAUGGACGAAAGUAUUUCAGCACAUCGGUCGCCGGCUCGGGCAUUUUCGUGCCCAUGAACAACAGUAAAUAUGUCACGCGGCGGUCGACUUCCACCGGAUCAGGGACGUUUGCUGCUCCUACAACGCCCGCGCGUGCUGCUCCCGUCAAUUUUAGCAAGUCAGUCGGGCCCAGUCCCUCGAUGCCACGGCCACGAGUCCGCCGGCCGUCGCUCCCCCGACCCGAGUCCCCUCGCGCCGCCCCUCCGAAGCUGAGUCUCAGCGGAUUGCGUACACCUUCGGCAGCAUCCAAGACGAGCAAUGGAUUUACGCGAAGCCCCGUCAAGGCCCCAUCCCGCUUCUCGGACCGACCCCCAUCGCGUUUGAGUGUGGACGAUGACGUCUCGUCAUAUGGUAGACCGUCGGAUUUGCCGCAAUCUGCCACAUUAUCAGACACACAGGAACUCAAGGAUCAAAUCAAAAGUCUUGAGAAACAACUCCUGGACCGUGACAAGCAGCUGGAUGAGCAAGCUAAGACGUUGGGCGACUUCCAAAAGACCUUGGAGGAACUUGAAGGCUCGGAUGCCCUGUCGAUUCGGACACAGCUGCGGGAACGAAAUGAGCGGAUCAUCCAAUUGACAGCCGAGUUUGACGGCCACCGGGCAGAUUUCCGAAGCACCCUGGACACCUUGGAGAUUGCGGCCUCUGAGACCGAGCGCGUCUAUGAGCAGCGGCUCGACGAGCUUAUGCAGCAAAACAAAGAACUGCAAGAUCGGGGCGAGGAUGUGGAGGUUGUUGCCCAGCAGCUCAAGCAGUUAGAAGAGCUGGUCUCGGAGUUGGAGGAGGGACUCGAAGACGCCAGACGAGGCGAAGCAGAAGCACGGGCCGAAGUCGAGUUCCUCCGUGGCGAGGUCGAGAGGACCAAACUCGAGCUGAAGAAGGAGCGCGAUGAUUCGGCUGCCGCUCUGAAAAACGCCCAGGUAGGGUCAGACGGGCCUCGCAAUUCCAAUGAGCUUGACCAAAAAGACGAUGAGAUUCGGGGCCUAAAGGCCAUCAUCCAUUCUCUGAGCCACGGCAACCCCAAUGCCGCCAGUCUCAGCAAUGGCUCAGGGCCUGACAAUCCGGAGCAGCUCAGCCAGCUGGAGCAACAACUCCAUGAGGCUGAAGGGGCCGCCGAACGCAAAGAUUCCCGGAUCGAGGAGCUUGAACGCCAGUUGCAAGAGUUCCAAUUCGGCACCGGUGGACGCAAUCGCAGCUCCACGGUCACACUUUCGCCGUCCAAGCAGCACAAACCCACCAACUCUGCAGGGAAAAUCUCCAACCCUGCCAACGACGCCAAUCAAAUCCAUCGUCUCUCCGAUCGGACGGUGGUCCCGACUGACUGGCAUGACGCGCCCUCGCACGAAGCUCGCCAGCAUCACCGCGGCGCGUCCAACUCUUCCCACCUCCGGCUGGAAAGCAUGCCUGAAUCCGAGCGUUCCUCGGAUGAUGAUGGACAGUGGUGCGAGAUCUGCGAAACGAGCGGCCAUGAUAUCCUGAACUGUGUCAGCAUGUUUGGCUCAAACCAAAAGGAUGCCUCCGAACCGAAGAAGGCUCCAAAGACUGACAAGCCUGCGGCCGAACCUCCGGCUACCGAUCACCCGACUGAAACAUCUGGUCCCCAUGAGAGUACUCCUUCUCAGAAGACGGGCCGUGAUGUUGUCCUUGAAGGACUCAAGGGCAUUGGUGGACUGAACUCAUCUACGGGUCCUACUGCCGGAAAAGCAUCGGGAGUCAUUGACGAGUCCAAAUGGUGCGCCCUUUGCGAGCGAGACGGCCAUGAGAGCAUCGACUGCCCUUUUGAUGAAUAA